GGGUUGUCUACCUUGAACGGCGGGUUAUAUGGUGGUGCAAUUCACUAUUUUAUAUGAAAACUACCUAACUCUAAGCUGGAAGAUUGCCUUCUACUUGGGAGUCGAUUUUUAAACAAACACAUACUGGAAGAAAUCAUAAGAUGGCAGUAAGUAAACCUGCCCCUGGAGUUAUAAGAAAAUUAGAUGAAGUAGUUGUUAAUAGAAUAGCAGCAGGGGAAGUUAUUCAGAGACCUGCAAAUGCAUUAAAAGAAAUGAUAGAAAAUAGUUUGGAUGCCAAGUCUACAUCCAUUCAAGUAACAGUUAAGCAAGGAGGAUUAAAACUGCUACAGAUACAAGAUAAUGGAUCAGGUGUAAGGAAGGAAGAUAUGGAAAUUGUAUGUGAGAGAUUUACUACAAGUAAAUUACAGAAAUUUGAAGAUUUGAAUUCCAUAGCAACAUAUGGUUUCCGUGGUGAAGCUCUAGCUAGUAUCAGCCAUGUUGCCCAUGUGACAAUAACAACUAGAACAGCUGAUUCAAAAUGUGCUUAUAAGGGCAUGUAUUCAGAUGGAAAGUUAAAGGAACCAGUGAAGCCUUGUGCUGGAAAUGUUGGAACACAAAUAACAGUAGAAGAUUUAUUUUACAAUAUCACAACAAGGAGGAAAGCAUUAAAGAGUCCUUCAGAUGAGCAUGCUAAGGUGGUAGAAGUUGUCAGCAGAUAUGCAGUUCACAAUAGUGGUGUAGGAUUUACAGUCAAAAAGCAUGGAGACAGUACAGCAGAUGUAAGAACACCAGUUAAUUCUUCACCUGUGGACAACAUCAGGACAAUAUUUGGUCCAUCUAUUGCCAAGGAACUUCUGAAUAUAAGCCAUGAGAACCAGCAGAUGUCAUUUAAAUUAAAUGGAUAUAUUACUAAUGCUAAUUAUUCAAUGAAGAAAUGCACAUUUUUAUUAUUCAUUAAUCAUCGACUUGUUGAUUCAGGAUCACUAAAGAAAGCAAUAGAUAAUGUAUACCAAGCCUAUCUUCCCAAAAACAUGCAUCCAUUUCUUUAUCUCGGCCUAGAGAUUGCACCACAGAAUGUUGAUGUAAAUGUCCAUCCAACUAAGCAUGAGGUUCAUUUCCUGCAUGAAGAUGCUAUCAUAGAAAAUAUACAAGAAGUUAUAGAAACAAAAUUAUUGGGGUCAAACCAGUCAAGGACAUACUACACACAGGCACUACUUCCUGGAGCAUCUGUCACUUUACCAGAUGACAAGGGAGAUAAUUCUAGCUCAGGUGGUAAAGACAAACCAUAUGCUCAUCAAAUGGUCCGAACCGACAGUAGAGAUCAGAAGUUAGAUGCCUUUGUAAAACCUAAACAAGUACAAAGUCUAACCAGCAGUACUAGUAUGGAUGUAAAUGAAACAAGUAAAGGUUCAUCUGGAAUUGACCCUCCUAAAUGUGGAACAAACCCUAAACGUAGAGAAAUAAAACUGACAAGUGUGCUUAGUCUGCAAGAGGAAUUAAAGAAAAAUAUACACUCAGGAGUGCGGGAUAUGUUUCAGAAUAAUACAUUUGUUGGCUGUGUGGAUGAAGAAUUCUCUUUAAUGCAACACCAGACUAAAUUAUAUCUAGUUAAUACCACAAAGUUAAGUGCAGAGCUGUUUUAUCAGUUAACCGUUUUUGAUUUUGGAAAUUUUGGACUUCUUCGUCUUUCAGAACCUGCUCCAAUAAACGAGUUAGCCAUGUUAGCAUUAGACCUCGAGGAGAGUGGAUGGACAGAGGCUGAUGGACCUAAGGAAGAUUUAGCCAAGUAUAUUGUAGAAUUUCUCACCAGUAAAGCAGAGAUGUUACUGGAUUAUUUCUCAAUAGAACUGGAUAGUUGUGGUAACUUGUUAACUCUACCAAUGCUGAUAGAUGACUUUGUACCCAAUAUGGAAGGUUUACCAAUGUAUAUACUUAGACUAGCAACAGAGGUUAAUUGGGACGCAGAAAAAGAAUGUUUUGACACUUUUGCUAGAGAGACUAGUGAUUUUUAUAGUAUGAAGAAAAGUAUGUUCCAGGAUAAAAAUACAGAUUCUCAGGAAGAAGAUAUGGAUAAAAGUUGGAAAUGGACAAUAGAACAUGUGUUAUACCCAGCUUUUAGAACUUUUUUAUUCCCCCCAAAAUCUUUUGCAGAAGACUCUAGUAUACUACAGUUAGCCAAUCUACCUGAUUUGUAUAAAGUAUUUGAAAGAUGUUGACUAUUAAAUAUUGUUUUUAUA